AUGGCAACAAAGCAACAAGAACUCGAAUCACUAUGCUAUCUAGAGACCAUGUUUCAGGAGUAUGGUUUUGAAGAUGGUUUCCGGGAUGGCGAGAAAUCAGGAGAAUUGGAAGGACGGCUGUUUGGAUGUGAAAAAGGCUUUGAACUUGGACGUGAAAUCGGGUUCUACAGCGGUUGUAUACAAGUGUGGGCUCAAUUAGCCGAGCAGCAUGGCGAAAAGAUUUCGCCAAAAGUUGUCAAACAUAUCGAAACGCUUCAACGAAUGAUCGAUGAAUUCCCCAAAGAUAAUUGUCCAAACACGGAUUUAUUUGCACUACGGGAUAAGAUGAAGAUGAAAAUGAAGGUGAUUACAUCGUUGCUGGGGAUACAACAAAAGUACAACGAAGGCGAAGUAUCAAAAAUGUCAUACUAG